AUGUUGUCACAUAAUGAUGAAAUAUCAAAAAAUAUCGUAAUUGAUACGCCGCAUCUGGAAUAUUCUGUAGAUAUCAUGCAGCAACCAGAAAGUCGUAUAGACAUUGUGCAACAGCUAGAAAAUCCUGUAGAUACUAUACAGCAAUCGGAGAAUCACGUUAAUAAUAUGCAACAACUGGAGAACCCUGUGGAUAAUAUGCAGCAACCAGAGAAUCCCGUUGAUAAUAUGCAGCAACCAGAGAAUCCCAUUGAUAAUAUGCAGCAACCUGAGAAUCCUGUUGAAAAUAUGCAGCAACCAGAGAAUCCCGUUGAUAAUAUGCAGCAACCAGAGAAUCUCGUUGAUAAUAUGCAGCAGCCAGAAAAUGUUGUUGAUCAUAUACAGCAACCAGAAAAUUUCAUAGAUAUUAUACAGCAACCAGAAAAUCCCAUAGACACU